AUGCGAAUUGUAUAAAAGCCAUAAAAAUUGAAGCUUACAGUUCUUCAGCUCAUUCACGAGUCCUAUUUUCAACACCCUUUACAUGAUGUUCUCCGCUGCUUUCCUCGUACAGGCCCUUCUUGCCUCCGCUGCUUUUGCUCUCCCUUCGAGCAAAGACCGCUUGGCUUCCCGCCGAGCUCGCCGCAGUGGCGAUGUCGCACGUACCCGCCAGAGCAAGCCCGUGAACAUCAUUACCAGCCCGCAGGUAUCCGCUGCUGUUGGUAACGCGUCUCAUCCUGAAUUCAGCUCGAAUUGGGCUGGCGCCGUGUUGGUUGCUAGCACCGCAACAUACAAGUCCGUCACCGGCACCUUCACUGUCCCUACACCCAAAUCUACAGGUGGAAGCGGCGAGCAAUGUGCCUCUGCUUGGGUCGGUAUUGACGGUGACACGUGUGAGACUGCGAUCUUGCAGACUGGUGUCGACUUCUGUGUAUCUGGAUCUGCUGUUUCUUUCGAUGCCUGGUAUGAGUUCUUCCCCGCUGACUCUUUCGACUUCUCUGGUUUUUCCGUCUCCGCUGGUGACUCUGUUACCGUUACAGCAACCGUUAUCAGCACAACCGAGGGCACCUUGACCAUCGAGAACAACAGCAAGGGAACUUCCGCCAGCAAGACCGUUACAUCCACCGCAAGACUCUGUGAAACUAACGCGGAGUGGAUUGUGGAGGAUUUCGAAGAAUGCGAGGGUAACGACUGCGAGUUGGUUCCCUUCGCCAACUUUGGCACGGUCGAAUUUACGGGAGCUUCGGCGACCACUAGCUCGGGCACCGUUACACCAGCUGGUGCUACGAUCUUCGACAUCGAGCAGAAUUCGGUUUUGACGUCGGUUUCGCAGAGCGGAAGUACCGUCACAGUCGAAUUUGUGUAAACAAACACAAACGACUUUGAAGGGUUAUUAGUGCUUCGACUUGCUAAGUACGCAGAAUAAGUAAAGAAUUCACCGUGUAAGCUUCAUCUGUCCCGCAAUCUAAAAAGCCCCUCGAGGCAGACAAGAAGUUUAUAUAUCGAAAGAAAGUUUGGUCG